CAUCUGAAAUAAGGAGCAACACACAACGCGAAGAGUCUCCACACGUGACAGCGACACGGCGCUUAUAUCUGGCAAAAGACAGCAGCGAGCAUCAGGACCGAUCGGGAGUUCCAAGUCACCGCUCAGUCUGAGCAGCGCGCAAAACGCGGACUCACUUCACCGGCUCUCGUUUUACGCUCUCAAACAAGCAACACAUGUGUUUCUGCUGGAAGCCAAGUGGACGAGCCUGAGAGAGGAAACGCAGCGCACGGACACUUUUACUCAGUGAGGAUCAGCGCGCUCCAUAAAAUGAUCCCAGUCGGCGACUUGAUACGAUGUCACAUCUCGUCUUAUGUUUGACACAUCCGAUGACCAGCUAAAGAAACGUGGAGGAGGACGUUUCACAGAUUUCGAGAUUUUAACUGGAGUCCGAGCUACACACCGCCGUCCAGAUGCAGUUUCGACUCUUCUCAUUUGCCCUGAUCAUAUUGAACUGUAUGGAGUACAGCAACUGUCAGGCGCCGUCGCACCGCUGGAGGAGAAACAAAAGAGCUAGCUAUGGUGCGUACCCCAUCUGUAAAGGCUGCUCGGUGUGCUCCAGGGAUAACGGCUGUGUGAACUGCCAGCCCAAACUGUUCCUGUUUCUGCGGAGGGAGAGGAUGAGGCAGUAUGGGGAGUGUCUUCACGACUGUCCGGCCGGAUACUACGGCAUGCGCAGCCCCGAACUCAACAUGUGCUCCAGGUGCAGGAUAGAGAACUGCGAGUCCUGCUUCAGUAAAGACUUCUGCACCAAGUGCAAAUCGGGUUUUUACCUACACAAAGGGCGCUGCUUUGAUAAGUGCCCCGAGGGCUUUGCCCCGCUGGAAGAUACCAUGGAGUGUGGAGAGGGCUGCGAGGUGGGUCAGUGGAGCGAAUGGGGAGCCUGCACCAGGAGAAACAAAACCUGUGGCUUUAAGUGGGGUCUGGAGACCCGAACGCGACACAUUGUAAAGAAACCACCCAAGGACACAAUACCCUGUCCCACCAUCGCCGAGUCCAGGAUGUGCAAAAUGGCCAAGCGGCACUGCAGGAACGGUGGUUCAGGAAAGCAUCGAUCCAAAGAGCCAAAGAAGAAGAACAAGCAGAGGCUGCGGUUUCGAGCUCAGAACCAGCACAGUGACCACUUGGCCUCUAAACGCUCCAGCCAGUGAGGACUGAAACUACCCAGUGAACAAAGAACCAACGCAAAGCUGCUAGCCGCUGCUGCACCUAUAUUCUGACUGACGACUAUCACGAACCCCGCCACCUCCCGUCCUGCUGCCCAGCCCUAUCCCACCUUCGCCCUGCCAACCAGGACUCAUAAAUCUGCCAGUCCAACAAUAUACAGCAUAUAAUGUGUGAUAUAAGUACAACACUAAACCACAACCACACCAAACACAUGCUUUCAUGCCUCUGCCUCCUGCUAAUUCUCCCCGAGCUGCAGUGACCAGCCAGGUGACUCUGUUCUCCCAGCCUUGUUACCUUGUGGAUCUUUACAGUUGACAUUACCGAACUCAUUUCAUCGUCAUUAACCAUGUCAUUCAACGUCUGGGGUGACGGAAGACGGAGGAGCCACCAGAGGUACCGCGGAGGCGGAGGAGCCAGGAAGGGGACGGUGAGGUUGUGAGGGAGUUGGCGACAUAAACUGUUCGGGAGAGAUUUAAAAAUACGCUCGAGGAAGCAAAACGAUGCUGAUGGACAAGAAAAUGGCAUCUUGACCUGAGAGAGAGACUAUUUUUUUGUUCCCUAUAUUUAUGUCAAAGCUAUCCUUACCUUCCUUAUUCAUGGAGACAAGUGUUCCCAUUGUGGCCUUUAUGUUAUGUACAUUUUUGAGAGUAAUAUUAAAAGAAAUUACCAUGCAUAGUUGCAAAGUAUUUUAUUCUCAGCACAAACUGUUUACGUUCAGACCGCUUUAUGCUCUAACUGUAUAGUGUGGUUAAAAAACUAAAAAAGAAGAAGAAGAAAAGAAUAAAUUUAGUUGUUCAACUAGCAUGGCAACAGACUCGUGUACAUAGUUGAUCUAAUAUUGAAAGCUUAUUACUGUAUUUUCAGUAUUGACUCGUUCAUCGUUCUAAAUGUUUUAGAGAAAAAAAGGUUGUAAUACAAGCUACAGAUUAAAAUGAUUAAAA